AUGUUUUGGCAUAUUCCUAUUCUGAUAAUUCUUUACAAUUUCCUCUUCACGUAUUCAUCUUCUCCUUCUUCGCCCACACAUUCUUUAUCUAAAGGUUCAUCAGUCUAUGUUGAUCGCAAAGAUGAUAAUCUGGUUUCACCAAACAAGCUUUUCACUGCUGGCUUUUACGAGGUGGGCACAAAUGCUUAUUGUUUUUCGAUAUGGUUCACUGAGCCACUUGCGCAAAACAUGAAUCCCACUGUAAUUUGGAUGGCAAACCGAGAUAUGCCAGUUAAUGGAAAGCACUCCAAACUUUCCCUCCAGGACGAUGGUGAUCUUGUUUUACACGACGCAGAUCAGUCUAUUGUUUGGUCAACAGAGACAAAAAAUACUAGCCGUUCGCUCAGUUUACAACUUGAAGACACUGGAAAUCUUGUUUUACGUGAAGUUAAUGGAGAUUCAGUACCUGUUUGGGAAAGCUUCGAUCAUCCAACAGAUACGCUUUUACCUGAUCAACUGUUCACCAAAAACUCACAGCUGAUUUCUUCAAGAAGUAAUGCCAAUUUCUCUUCUGGGUACUUUAGGCUCUAUUUUGAGAACAACAACGUUCUCAGUCUUCUUUACAACAGUCCGGAGAUAACGAGUGUUUACUGGCCUCCACCUUAUCAGAAAACUUGGGAAGCCGGGAGAUCCGCUUACAAUAAUAGUAGAAUUGCAAAACUGGAUUCUCAAGGCCAAUUCAACUCAUCUGACGAUUUGGGUUUCUUUGUCUGGGAUUUUGGCAUGAGUCGCCAGAGAAUAAUGAAGCUUGAUUAUGAUGGUAAUAUUAGGGUUUACAGUCUUAUUGAUCAUCAGAAAGAAGGAAAGAAGUGGGAGGUUCAGUGGCAAGCUUUUUCCGGUUCCUGCAAGAUUCAUGGCGUAUGUGGACCAAACAGUCUUUGUACUUACUCUCAAGAAACUGGAAGGAAAUGUGCCUGCGUGCCUGGAUAUAAGAGGAAGAAUCAGACCGAUUGGACCUUCGGUUGCGAACCCAAAUUCAGAACUUGCGCACAGGUUUCGGAAGAUUACAUUAAGCUUCGUUUUGUGGAGUUUUAUGGUUUCGAUAUGAGCGUUCUUCUGAACAGCACCCUUGAAGCCUGCAAACAAGCCUGCUUGAAUGACUGCAAGUGCAAAGGGUUCCAAUUCAAAUUCGAGAACACCAACUAUAACUAUAACUAUAACUGUUACCUGAAGAGUCUGUUAUACAAUGGAUAUCAACGAGGUUUCAGAGAUCCAAUGUAUAUUAAGCUACCAAAACAGUUGGUAUCACCUGCUCAACAAGCAUUAAUCGUCAAGGGGUCUAACCUAAUUUGUCCAGAACAGCAGCAAAUCAUGCCCAUUCAAAGGUCUUACGAGAAAAAACAUGCAAGUAGUUCUCUGAAAUUCUUGUUAUGGUUUGUGUAUGGAAUAGGAAUCAUGGAGGUCCUUUUGGUAUUAAUUUUCUUUUAUAUCACUCUAAAAGACUCCUUUAGAACUGCCAAAAGUUACUUCCCGAUAGCAUCGGGGUUCAAAAGGUUCACAUACACUGAGCUGAAAACCGCAACAAGAAACUUCAGCAAAGAGAUAGGGAGAGGUGGCGCGGGUGUAGUUUAUAAAGGGAAAUUAUCGGAUGACAGAACAGCAGGAAUAAAGAUGCUCAAAGAGGGUAAUAUUCACCAGGGCGAAGCCGAGUUUCAAGCAGAAAUAAGCACAAUUGGUAGGCUCAAUCACAUGAAUCUGAUAGAGACAUGGGGGUAUUGCAUUGAAGGGAAGCAUAGGCUAGUGGUUUAUGAGUAUAUGGAGAACGGAUCAUUGGCAACAUGCUUGAAUUCCAAUAAACUUGAUUGGGGAAAGAAGCUAGAAAUAGCAAUUGGCACUGCAAAAGGGCUUGCAUAUUUACACGAAGAGUGCUUGGAAUGGGUUUUACAUUGUGAUGUCAAACCCCAUAACAUUUUGCUUGACGCUGAUUACAAUCCAAAGGUGGCGGAUUUCGGGUUGUCUAAGUUGUUUGAUAGAGGUGCAAUAGAGAAUUCAUGCUUUUCCAGGAUUCGAGGUACGAGAGGUUACAUGGCUCCUGAAUGGGUGUUUAAUCUUCCGAUUACCUCAAAAGUAGAUGUCUACAGUUAUGGGGUGGUGGUUCUAGAGAUGAUAACCGGAAAGAGCCCACUACAAAUGUUGCAACUUGGUGAAGGCAGUAGUAGUGGUAGAGACCAAACAUUGGUCGAGUGGGUGAGGUCGAAGAUUCGUGAACAUAUCGGAAGCCAAAAUGGAGCAUGGAUUGAGGAAAUUGUUGAUGGUAGGACCUGUGGUGAAUAUGAUACGAGAGCACUGAUUAAUCUGGUGAAAGUUGCUUUACAAUGUGCUGAAGACGAUAGGGAUGCAAGGCCUUCAAUGAGCCAAGUGGUAAAUAUCCUUCUCGACCUAAGGUAUGAUGAUUAG